AUGUUUUGUUCAUUUCUUUCUCUUGUCUUGUCUCUUUUCAGCACUUCCUCAGGUUUGGUCUUUUUAUGGAAGAACAUAAUCCUUUUAGAGCUUGGGUUUGAAAGAUCUUUUGAAGCCCUGCAACAACAAAAAGACGACAAAAAAAAGAAAAAGAUGGACUUGACUCAGACUGAUUUUUCCUUGGAUGAUAUUUGGGAUCACACUAACGAAGAACAAACUCCUUCUUUGUUCGAUUUUCCAACAGAACCCGUUGAUCUUGCUUUACUGUUUCAAGAACUAAACAGCUCUCCGCAACUGCUGCAAUCUGCAGAAGAAACCGUUUUGUCUGAACAACAGGAAGUUCCAUCGGAGAGGGGAAAUUUAGCAAGUUUGGGGAACGACAUUUCAAAAACCGGAAAUAAGGAGAAAACAACCAAGGCUGAGGCGAAGAAGAGAAAAGAUCCUCCUUCAAACGAGACAAAAAUCAAAAAACGAAAGAAGGGAGCUGAUGUGGUUAGCUCUAUGAUCGCUUGUACUUCAACUGUAUCUGCUGUGAGCUCCAAUGACUCAUCUCCGAGAAGAAGAUCCAUGUCUACUUCCAAAAAGACAGGAUGGCUUGAAAAAAUUUGCAGCAGCAUCGAUGUGCCAACUAAUCAGCUGAUCCUUCCUCCUGUAGUUGGCAACGGUGGGAAGAAGCCAUUAAAGUUUCAUACAGUUCAAUUCUAA